GUAAACGCGGCGCCGAGUUGCCUUUGAUCUGCAGGACGCAGCGGAGACGCGCACAGACUCGUCUCCUGUCAGAGCGCGCGCACUCGGGCUGAGUGGAUGUGAUGUACUGAGCGAGGACCUCUCUUCCCUUCUUUCUCUCUCUCUCUCAGCUGCUACCUCUUCGGGAAAACACACACACACAAGACAAGACCCUCUUCCUUUCUUUCCAGCCCUUUCCCGCAUGUUCCGUGGAGAAGGUUCCCGGGAAAUCUCUCCAUCCCUCCAUCUCUCCUCUUGCACAACUUUCAGGCUCGUGUGCCUUCUCAGCGCUCGUGCACGCUGAGACACGGCGCUCUCCGGUUCUCCUGGAGGAAAGGAUUUUCUUUCUGCUCCGACUCUGAGUCCCGACGCGUCUGAGCCAUGGAGAACGCUCACACCAAGAGCGUGGAGGAAGUUUACAGCUAUCUGCAUGUGAACGAGAGCACAGGACUGGCGCUGGACCAAGUCAAACGCCUGAGAGAGAAGUGGGGUCCAAACGAAUUACCCGCUGAAGAAGGAAAGUCGUUAUGGGAGCUGGUCAUUGAGCAGUUUGAGGAUUUACUUGUGCGGAUUCUCCUGCUUGCAGCUUGUAUAUCAUUCGUUUUAGCCUGGUUUGAGGAGGGCGAAGAGACAAUAACAGCCUUCGUGGAGCCUUUUGUAAUCCUGCUUAUUCUUAUAGCCAACGCCAUUGUUGGUGUAUGGCAGGAGCGUAAUGCCGAAAAUGCCAUCGAGGCACUUAAAGAGUACGAGCCGGAGAUGGGGAAAGUCUACAGACAGGACAGGAAGACGGUGCAGAGGAUCAAGGCCAAAGACAUCGUACCUGGGGACAUCGUGGAGGUAGCUGUGGGAGACAAAGUGCCUGCAGACAUCCGUAUCUGUUCCAUCAAGUCCACCACGCUGAGAGUGGACCAGUCCAUCCUCACGGGUGAGUCUGUCUCCGUUAUUAAACACACGGACCCUGUUCCCGACCCUCGAGCUGUCAAUCAAGACAAGAAGAACAUGCUGUUCUCUGGGACUAACAUUGCAGCGGGCAAAGCCGUGGGCGUGGUGGUGGCCACCGGUGUGAACACAGAGAUCGGAAAGAUCCGUGAUGAGAUGGCAUCAACGGAGCAGGAGAAAACGCCGCUGCAGCAGAAGCUGGACGAGUUUGGUGAGCAACUCUCUAAAGUUAUCUCGCUCAUCUGCAUCGCCGUGUGGAUCAUCAACAUCGGCCACUUCAACGACCCGGUACAUGGUGGCUCAUGGAUUCGUGGUGCCAUCUACUACUUCAAAAUUGCUGUGGCUUUGGCUGUGGCUGCAAUCCCUGAGGGUUUGCCUGCUGUCAUCACCACCUGCCUGGCAUUGGGCACACGCCGCAUGGCCAAGAAAAAUGCCAUCGUGCGCUCACUGCCCUCUGUGGAGACACUCGGGUGCACAUCAGUCAUCUGCUCUGAUAAGACUGGCACCCUGACCACCAACCAGAUGUCUGUAUGCAGGAUGUUCAUCUUGGAGGAUGCAGAAGGACAGAGUUGCUCUCUGACUCAGUUCACCGUUUCUGGAUCAACCUAUGCACCUGAAGGAGAAGUAUAUCUGAAUAACCGACCAGUGAAGUGCUCUGACUAUGAUGGUCUAGUGGAGUUGGCGACUAUCUGUGCUUUGUGUAACGACUCCUCACUGGACUUCAACGAGACUAAAGGUGUGUAUGAGAAGGUGGGAGAGGCCACAGAGACUGCUCUGACAUGUCUGGUGGAGAAGAUGAACGUGUUUGAUACAGAUGUCAGGAACCUGUCCAGGAUCGAGAGAGCUAACGCAUGCAACUCGGUGAUCAAACAGCUAAUGAAGAAGGAGUUCACGCUGGAGUUUUCUCGGGACAGAAAGUCAAUGUCUGUGUACUGCACACCCAGCAAGGGCAAGUCCACCACCAGCAAGAUGUUUGUUAAGGGAGCCCCAGAGGGUGUGAUUGACAGGUGUGCAUAUGUACGUGUGGGAGCCAAACGUGUGCCCAUGACUGAGGGCAUUAAGAAUGAGAUCAUGUCUGUGAUACGAGAGUACGGCACUGGACGGGACACGCUGCGCUGCCUGGCACUGGCCACCCGGGACAACCCACUCAGGAAGGAUGAGAUGGUUCUGUCUGACACAGCACGCUUCACUGACUACGAGUCUGACCUGACGUUUGUGGGCUGUGUUGGCAUGCUGGAUCCUCCCAGGACUGAGGUGGCUGCCUCCAUCAAGCUGUGUCGCCAGGCCGGUAUCCGGGUCAUCAUGAUCACCGGUGAUAACAAAGGCACGGCUGUGGCCAUCUGCAGGCGCAUCGGCAUCUUCUCUGAGGACGAUGACGUAAACUGCAUGGCCUUCACGGGCCGUGAGUUUGAUGAUCUUUCCCCCGAAUUGCAACGCGAAGCUGUAACAGCUGCACGCUGCUUCGCCCGUGUCGAACCGUCUCACAAAUCUAAGAUUGUCGAGUUCCUCCAGGGCUUCGAUGAGAUUACUGCAAUGACGGGAGAUGGAGUGAACGAUGCCCCUGCCCUGAAGAAGGCAGAGAUUGGCAUCGCCAUGGGCUCUGGCACUGCCGUGGCCAAGACAGCCUCGGAAAUGGUCCUUGCUGACGAUAACUUCUCCACCAUUGUAGCUGCUGUUGAAGAAGGUCGAGCCAUCUACAACAACAUGAAGCAGUUCAUCCGCUACCUCAUCUCCUCCAACGUGGGGGAGGUCGUCUGUAUCUUUCUGACUGCAGCGCUGGGCUUUCCUGAGGCUCUGAUCCCAGUGCAGCUGCUGUGGGUAAACCUGGUGACAGACGGCUUGCCUGCCACUGCGCUUGGCUUCAAUCCCCCUGACCUGGACAUUAUGAACAAACCCCCCCGCAAUGCCAAGGAGCCCCUGAUUUCCGGCUGGCUCUUCUUCAGAUACCUCGCCAUCGGCUGCUAUGUGGGAGCUGCUACAGUAGGAGCUGCAGCUUGGUGGUUCGUUGUGGCUGAUGACGGCCCUCAGAUCACCCUCUACCAGCUGAGCCACUUCCUGCAGUGUUCUCCUGACCAUCCUGACUUUCUCGAUCUGGAGUGUCACGUGUUUGAAUCACCGUACCCCAUGACUAUGGCAUUGUCUGUACUGGUCACUAUCGAGAUGUGCAACGCUCUCAACAGUCUGUCGGAGAACCAGUCUCUGUUGCGCAUGCCUCCGUGGGAGAACGUGUGGCUGCUGGGAGCCAUUUGCCUCUCCAUGUCUCUGCACUUCCUCAUCCUCUACGUCGAGCCACUGCCGGUCAUCUUCCAGAUCACUCCUCUGAAUGUGACCCAGUGGCUGAUGGUGGUGAAGAUCUCCAUGCCCGUCAUCCUGUUGGACGAGCUGCUCAAGUUCGUAGCGAGGAACUACCUGGAGCCGGGUAAAGAUUUAGCCCUGGGGGCACAGCACGAGAGCUGGAGUGUGUCUGCAUGUGUCCAGGGCAUCUCCUGGCCCUUCAUAGCUCUCUGCCUCCCCCUGGUGGUGUGGCUGUACAGCACGGACACUAACACCAGCCGCUCGCUGUGGUCCUCCUGACUGACCGAUCACUGACUGAGAGCUGCGGUGAUGCUAACACACAACCACCACUCACUAACCCAGAACCGCGAUUGACCCAGUCCAGGAGAAUGUUUGCACAGGAAUCCGCAUACUGUACGUUUGGUGUUUUUAUAAUUAGCUCUGAGUGAUUAAUUAUUAUUAUUAUUAUUAUUCAUUGUUGUAACUGUUCCAUUUUAAAGCACACAUGAAUUGUUUUUAUAUAUAAAUAUAUAACAGCUAUAUUAUUAUGAGAUCUUAUAAGCAGUCGGUAGAAUAAUAUAUUUAUUAGCUCGUUUUUAAAAGGGGCAUGGACCCACUGAAUGUCCUCACUGGAUUAGGACAGUGUGUGUGUGUUUUCAUGACAGUCCUGUACAGUAAAAAAAAAAUCAUUAUAUCCCAGAUUAUAUUGUUUUUUUUUAAUCAUCCCCGUUCUAAUUUAUAAUAUUUUGAAGUACAAUUAAAGCACGGCGGCACGGUGGUGUAGUGGUUAGCGCUGUCGCCUCACAGCAAGAAGGUCC